GAGCUCGCUCACGCUACACGCUGCUUCACGCCUGAGGAUAUCAAUGGAAAAGCCCCAGUCCCGGGCACAGGCAUGGGCCUGGAUAUGGACGUGAGCUUUAUGGGGCUGCCACUAGUUGACCAGAAACACAGCAGUAGACAAAUGGAGGCUGUGGUACUGACUUGCUCGUUGUGCCAACAGGACCUGCAAUAUGUGGGUGCCUGGCUCCUCCCCUGCCAGCAUUUGAUCUGUAAGGACUGCUUCCAGGGCUUGAUCCAGGAGCUAGGGCAGGUUUCCCAGACUCAUGGGACUGUCCCAGAGGAGCUCAUCUCCUGUCCUGGGUGUAAGCGAGUGUACCCUACCAGGGAUGUAACUGAACAUUUUUUUCUGCAGUGCUUCUCUGCUGGGCAAUUCAAGAUGGCCAGGAACUGCUCCGAGUGCAAGGAGAAGAGGGCGGCACACAUUCUCUGUACCUACUGCAACCGCUGGCUCUGCAGCUCCUGCACGGAAGAGCACCAGCAUGGCCCUGCCCCUGGGGGUUCGCUCUUCCCCCCGGCCCAGAAGGGAUCUCCAGGAGUGAAUGGUAGUUCUGGGGACUUCGCCUUGUACUGUCCUCUACACACACAGGAAGUGCUUAAGCUAUUCUGCGAGACCUGUGAUGUGCUCACGUGCCAUAGAUGCCUCAUGGUGGAACACAAAGAACACAGGUGCAGACAUCUUGAAGAAGUUCUGCAAAAUCAGAGGAUGCUUCUGGAAAGUGUGACUACACAGGUGGCUCAUAAGAAAUCUAGCCUGCAGACAUCUGCAAAGCAAAUUGAGGACAGGAUUUUUGAGGUGAAGCAUCAGCACAGGAAGGUGGAAAACCAGAUCAAAAUGGCCAAGAUGGUUCUAAUGAAUGAGCUGAACAAACAGGCCAACGUGCUCAUAGAAGAGUUGGAGGGCAUUACUAAUGAGAGAAAGCGGAAACUGGAGCAGCAGUUACAGAGCAUCAUGGUGCUCAACCGUCAGUUCGAGCAUGUGCAGAAUUUCAUCAAUUGGGCUGUUUGCAGCAAAACCAGUAUCCCUUUCCUUUUCAGCAAAGAGCUGGUCCCCCCACCCAGCAUACACCAAGCUCACAGCUUUAGGCAGCCCUCUGAGGUGGUGCCCCAGCAGCUGGGGUCACUGCAGUGCUCCACCCUGAUACCCAGAGAGAAAGAGCUGCCCUGCAAUCCUCACCCACCAAAGCUGCUGCAGCCGUGGCUGGAAACCCAGCCCUCCGUGGAGCCGGAGAGCACAUCCCAGCGGCUGGGGCAUCAGCUGACCUCCCAGCCGGUGUGCAUUGUCCCCCCGCAGGAUGUUCAGCCUGGAGCCCAUGCCCAGCCCACCUUACAGACACCCUCAAUCCAAGUCCAGUUUGGCCACCACCAGAAGCUGAAGCUCAGCCACUUUCAGCAGCAGCCACAGCAGCAGCUGCCACCUCCGCUACCUCUGCCACCCCCACCCCAGCAGCAGCCACCCCCACUUCUACCUCCAUCCCAGCACCUGGCUUCUAGUCAGCAUGAGAACCCUCCUGGGCCUGCCUGUUCCCAGAACGUGGACAUAAUGCACCACAAGUUCGAGCUAGAGGAAAUGCAGAAGGACCUGGAGCUUCUCCUUCAGGCUCAACAGCCCAGCCUGCAACUGAGUCAGACCAAAUCACCUCAGCAUCUUCAGCAAACCAUUGUGGGGCAGAUCAACUACAUCGUGAGGCAGCCAGCCCCCAUCCAGUCCCAGACGCAGGAGGACACCGUGCAGGCUACAGAUGAGCCCCCAGCAGCUGAAGUCCCAAAGCCAGCUCUCUCUCUUGACAAGAAUACUGCUGCUAACUUGCCCCAGUCAUCUGGGGAAGAAACCCCUCACAGUGUCCCCUCCCUGGACAACACUGCCCAGCACUCCUCUCCAAAUGUGGUGAGAAAGCACUCCACCUCUGUGAGCAUCAUGGGCUUUUCCAACACUGUGGAGAUGGAGCUGUCAUCUACGAGGCUGGCGAAGGCCCUAGAGCCACAGAUCCAGAGUGUGAGCAGCCUGACAGCUGCCCCCCUUCAGGCAGUACCAGGCCUGCUGAGUGGCCCCCCACCGACUGUGUCCAGCCUGACAAGCGGACAAAACCAGGCUCUGUCCAGCCUGACAGGCAGUCACCUGCAGACAAUGCCCAGCCUCAUGCGUGGCACGGCCCGGUCCAUGCCCAACCUGAUUAGUGAGGCCUCCCAGGCCAUCACAAACCGGGCAAGUAAUUACUGUCAGGCCGGGCCCAACCUGAUGUCUGGUCCCAGCCAGGCUGUGCCAAGCCUGGCAAUUUGUCCUCUGCAGAGUACGCCUCCGGCUUCUGACGUGCAGCCCGACACUGGAGCCAGUGGCAGUCCUGGCCCUGGCCGAGCUGCAGGGGGCCUGUGCCCUGGCGAUGGGGCUGACCCCUCCAUGGGGAACACCCUCUGUAAGAUGGAAAGUGAAGAUUCCACCCAUUUCAAUGACUCUUUGGGACAAGAUCCCACAGGCCCUGGUCUAGAUGUUUCCAAGGACUUGCCUGUCCCCUCAGAACUGGAGGAACCAAUUAACCUCUCUGUGAAAAAACCACCUGUGGUCUCAGUGGUCAAAACAUCCGUGGCUCUGCAGCAGUACCAGAACCUAAAAGAGUAUGAGAAUGUUGAACAAGGAGCCCUAGAGCUGGAUACAAAAGAGAACCAGAGUAUCAGAUCCUACAAUAGUGAGUCCAAGAUUCCCUAUGUGCGACUAGAGCGACUCAAGAUCCAUGCUUCCUCCUCGGGAGAGAUGCCCGUGUUUAAGUUGAAGCCACAGGAGAAUGAUCAGGAUGGGAGCUUCCUGUUGAUCAUCGAGUGUGGCAAUGAGUCCUCCAGCAUGUCCAUUAAGGUCAGUCAGCAUACCCAGCCUGAUGCCAGCCAGGCCCCAAGUCUGGGAGGAAGGAAGGUCACUGUCACAUCUCUGGGGCAGCAGUCACCAGAGGUGGAGGGGGCAUCUCCCGAAGAACACAGACUCGCUCCUCGAGCUCCUGGAGCCAAGAAGGGACCGCCAGCACCGAUAGAGAAUGAGGACUUCUGUGCCGUGUGCCUCAAUGGGGGAGAGUUGCUGUGCUGUGACCGCUGCCCCAAAGUGUACCACCUUUCCUGCCACUUGCCAGCCUUGCUCAGCUUCCCUGGGGGAGAUUGGGUGUGUACCUUGUGCCGCAGCCUGACCCAGCCCGAGAUGGAGUACGACUGUGAGAAUGCCCGCUAUAACCAGCCUGGGAUCUGGGCCCCUCCUGGCCUGGGCAUAUCUGACCAGAAGAAGUGUGAGAAGCUGGUACUGUCCUUGUGCUGCAAUAGCCUCAGCCUGCCUUUCCACGAACCUGUCAGCCCUCUGGCUGGUUCUGAACCCAUUGCAAUGCAAGGUCCAACUGGCGGGACGGCCAGGCCUCUGGCGGACAGUGUUGGCCGGGCCAUCACCUUCGUCCUGUGGUGUCACUGUUGGGAAGUUUUAAUUUCGUGUAACAUGGCUGCUUCCCUGUCCCAGGGUCAGGAUUCUCAGGUGCGUCCCUACCGGGAGCUGCUUUCGGGAGUCGCCGGAGGAGGCAGCCGGCACGGGGCUCCUGGGAACGGCGGGGGAAGGAGCUUUGUCCUCGCGCGGCCCCCGUCCGCCCUCCUGCGGCUGUUCCGCGGCCCCAAAGCUGCUCCCGGUGCGGCAUUCCGGGCUCGGGGCUCGGCGGCCGCCAGCGCCCAGCGUGUGCGCGCGUCCGACACCGACUCCCUCGCCGCCGGGUGA